AGAUGGUUAAGGAAAGGUGUCAGAAAAAGUCCUUUCAAGACAGUCUUGAAGACAUUAAGAAGCGAAUGAAAGAGAAAAGGAAUAAAAACUUGGCAGAGAUUGGCAAACGCAAGUCCUUUAUUGUCGCACCAUGCCAAGUACCCACUAACACUUCUACACUGCUGAAAACUUACCAAGAUAACAACAGGUUUUUAGUUUUGGCUUUGGAAAAUGAAAAAUCCAAAGUGAGAGAAGCCCAAGAUAUCAUCCUACAGCUGAGAAGAGAAUGUUAUUACCUUGCAUGUCAGUUAUAUACAGUCAAAAAGAAGCUAACUUCCCAACAAAGUGGAGAAACUGACCAGAACCAGAAAGGAUAUCUCUCAGAAGUGGUCUCCUGUAGUGACAAUACCAUCGGUGAAUUGUCUAUGAAGACCUUACAGCAAACUGCUUUUAAAGACUGGCCAUUCCAAACCAAAGAACCAAGUCCUGUUCCUCCAGACACACCGGGGAGUGAUUUAGAUUCAGGUAAAGUCAAGUCUACUGAUGAUGUCUUACCUAGGACUGUUUCUUUCCGUUGCCACUUAAAGAAAAUUUUUAGCAAUGUAAGUCACUCCACUGCUUUGGAGAACUGUGAAGCCAGUCAUCAAGUGGGGCAGUCUUUGGAAGUUAGAAGUGGGUAUAGAGACCCAACUAUAACUCUGCACAGACUUGAAAAUGUAGAACAAAAUGGUUGUCUGUGGAACAAGGACCAAGUUAACUUAUCCCCUAGAUUGACUUACCCAGGAAAGAAUGCUAAAACAAACGAAGUCAUUUUACCAUCUAAACCGGAACAAAUGAAAAGCAAGCAUAAACAUGCACAAAAAAGAAGAGCAGAGCACAGAAGAGCCAACCAGAGAUGCAAAUCAAAACUCUCACUGAGGUGUAAGGGCAGCAAAGGCAAAGAUGAGAACACUGCACACCCCACAAAGUUGAGUGGGUCUGCCGGCGCCAGUGAUGCAUAUGAUUUUAAUCUGGAAGAGUGUGUGCACCUCACCCCUUUCCAACAAAAAGUGAGCAGUGGCUCCAGUGAAGAGAUCAACAACAGUGAGUGGGAAGGGAGUGCUUUUGAACUGAGUUCCUCUGAGCAUGAAUGUGAUGACUCCUACCUUCCUCCUUACAAGCACUUGGAAGACAAUACACAAGAUUCAGGCACAGCAGUUACCAGACCUCGGCCUAAAAGAGGAAUCAAGAACAGGGAUGAAAAAGAUGCUGAGAAGGCUCUGCCAACCAGAACUCCUACCGAUAUUCCACCUAAGAAUCAAAAGUCACCUGGUUGUAGCCUAAAGGAUGUCACCAAUAUCCUGAUGUGUCCUGUAGUGAGAAUUAAGAAACAUUCUCUGUCUCCGAGAAAGAAUGAAGACUGCCCAGCAGUGCCUCUGCCUAAGCGCAGGUGCACCACCAACAUGAGCUAUAAAGAGCCUACACUAGCUUCGAAACUAAGAAGAGGGGACCCUUUCACAGACUUGUGUUUCUUGAAUUCUCCUAUUUUUAAGCAGAAAAAGGAGAUUAGACGUCGUAAAAGAAGUACAAAGCUAACACAGUAACUCCUUUUGUUGGAUGCUGUCAAAUGUGAUCCUUCUCUUUUGCUUAAUAGUCUUUGAGACACUAUGUAAUGGGUAGAACCAACCCUUAUUGGAAUGUCCCUUGAACCUAUUCUUUGUAAUUGUGUGGAUUGCCACCAACAUCUAAAAUUUCCCUGGCAUCUUUACUUUUUCCUUAAGCAGGAGAAUGUAGAUCAUAAAUCCUUGAUAUCACAGUAAGAUGUAAGUUGCUGAUAGUCCCUUAAUCUAAUAUCAUUUUGAUUCUUUGGAUAAAAUAUAUAGAGAAUCAUGAUUAAGAGAA